AUGGGUGACAAUCUGCCAUACCGACCAAAGGGCGAUCCGGACGAGGCUGGGCGGAAUGACGACCCGGAUGAUGAGGAAGAGGAGAUGGACGAAACUGGCUACAAGACUGUGAGAGAUGCGGUGCUGUUCGCCAUCGAGGUCAACAAGUCCAUGCUCAAGGUGCCACGAUCAUCAUCUGCCUCGAAAAAGUCCGACAACAGUUCUCCCCUUUUGGCCGCCUUGAAAUGCGCAUACCAUCUAAUGCAGCAGCGCAUCAUUUCGACCCCAAAGGACCUCAUGGGAAUCCUGCUCUAUGGCACGGAGGCCUCCAAGUUCUACGACGAAGACGAAAAUUCCAAGGGAGGCUGGUCUUUUCCUCACUGCUAUCUUCUCACAGACCUUGAUGUGCCUGAAGCGGAAGAUGUCAAGGCCCUCAAGGAGUUGGUCGAAGCAGACUCUCCAGAGUCAGCCGACUUCAUCAAGCCGGCAAAGGAGCCCGUUUCGAUGCACAACGUUCUCUUCUGCGCCAACCAAAUCUUCCAACAGAAGGCUGCCAAUUUCACCUCGCGCCGACUGUUCAUUGUCACGGACAAUGAUGACCCUCAAUCAUCCAACAAGGAGUCUCGGUCCCAGGCUACUGUGAGAGCUAAAGAUUUGUACGACUUGGGAGUGACCAUUGAGCUGUUCCCCAUCUCAACCUCCGACCACACUUUCGACACGAAACUUUUCUGGGACGACAUCGUCUAUCGAGCAUCCCCUUCGGACCCUGAUGCGAUUGCGUACAACCCACCUUCCAUUGUGGAUGCCGAUGGCUCAAAGUUGGUGACUGGUGCUGGUGACGGCAUCUCCUUGUUGCAGUCCUUGCUAUCCACCAUAGCAUCCAAGGUUGCGCCGAAACGUGCGCUGUUCUCUUCCGUCCCGCUUGAACUGGCACCAGACUUCAAGAUAUCUGUGAAAGGAUACUUGCUCUACAAGCAUCAAAAGCCUGCCCGCAGUAGUUAUAUCUAUCUCGGGUCAGAAAGACCCCAAAUCGUAACUGGAUAUACGGAGCAAGUCGCAGACGAUGAACGUGAUCGCAGAACAGUCGAGAAGGCCGAGAUUCGCAAGGCGUACACCUUUGGGGGAGAGAAAAUCACGUUUUCUGAUGAGGAAGUCAAGAAACUCCGUGAUUUUGGGCCGCCUGUGAUACGGGUGAUCGGGUUCAAACCGAUGUCCAGACUGCCAAUGUGGGCGAACAUGAAGAAUUCGACCUUCCUCUACCCAUCAGAAGAAGACUUUGUUGGCAGCACACGUGUAUACAGCGCCUUAUACCGCAAACUGUCUCAGGAUCAGUUAUUCGGCCUAACAUGGUUUAUCCCAAGGAAGAAUGCCGCACCAGUGAUGGCUGCCAUGGUCCCGACCCUCACUGCUGAGGGCAGCGAUGACAAGCCCAAUGCUGCGGGAGUAUCUGUCACCGGCGCACCUCAGGGCUUACAUUUGAUUCCUCUACCGUUUGCAGACGACAUCCGACAGAAUCCACUCAACACUCAUGAAACACCGCUGCGUGCGCCGGAUGAGCUCGUUGACGCGAUGAUGCCUAUCAUUCAGCAACUAAACCUUCCCAAGGGCAUCUAUGACCCCUCAAAAUACCCCAACCCCAGCUUGCAGUGGCAUUAUCGAAUCCUCCAGGCCCUAGCUCUUGAUGACGAGAUUCCAGAAAAGCCCGAAGACAAGACGAUACCGAAAUUUCGCCAGAUUGACAAACGAGUAGGAAAUGAGACGAUAGAAUGGGACAAAGUUUUGAAAACGGUCUACAAGCAGUAUCGGGCGGAAAACCCAGAUUCGGUGCCUACGGGAUCGAAGAGAACUACCACGAAUGGAGCAGCUGCGUCGUCGAGCACAGGAAGCAAGAAGGUCAAGAUGGAGACAGGGAGCGGGUUAGAUGAAGCAGAGAUUCGGGGGCUUUGGCAGAAGGGCCAACUGGCGAAGCUGACGGUUGCCGAGCUGAAGGAUUUUUGUGGGAUGAAGAAGAUUCCUGUCGGGGGGAAGAAGGCAGAUAUUGUGGAGAGGAUCGAGGAAUGGCUUGAAAACAAGUGA